CCCGCGCCCCCCGCCCGGGCCCCGCCGAGCCGCUCCCGAUGCCGGCCCGCGCCGCGCCGCUGCCGCCGGCCCCGCUGCCCGCCGAGCUGCGCCGACGGCUGCAGGACCUGGAGCGGGAUGAGGAGAACCUGGGAGAGAAGGAGAGCGUGCAGGAGAAGCUCAGCCUCAUCCACGGCUUCCUGCAGGCCGAGGUGCAGCUGCAGCUCAGCGAGCUCGAGGCCAAACUGCGCCGGGAGGAGCUGUCGGAGGAGCGUUACCUGGCCAAGGUGAAGGCGCUGCUCCGCCAGGAGCUCUCAGCCCCCCCAAACGGCUCCGGGGACCCCAAUCCCAACGGGAACGGGGCCCUGGGCAGCGAUGAGGAUGAGGAUGGAGCCAUGGAGGUGGAGGAAGGAGCGGCCCCGUCCCCGUCCUGCUCCGGCCCCGCCGCCCGCGCCCGCAAACCCCGCAGGAGCCGCUCCAACGGCGACGCCAAAAGUGAGGAUUUGGGCUCUCGGGUCACGCGCAGCUCCGGCCGGCAGCCGUCCAUCCUCAGCCUGCUGUCCAAAGGACCCAACAAGCGGAAAUCGGAGCAAUCCAACGGGGACGCGAAGGCGGAGCUGCCGAGCCUGGAGAGGGAGGAGGAGGAGGAGCUGCAGGAGAAGGAUCAAGAUGAGAAAAGGAUGAAAAUGGAAACCAAAGAUGGGUCGGAAAUCAAAGACGAAAUCCCUCAGGUUAAAAUUUCUGCUCCUGCUAAAACCACCCCCCCGAAAUGCCUGGACUGCCGGCAGUACCUGGACGACCCCGACCUCAAAUUCUUCCAAGGGGACCCCGACGACGCCCUGGAGGAGCCGGAGAUGCUGACGGACGAGCGCUUGUCCAUCUUCGACGCCAACGAGGACGGGUUCGAGAGCUACGAGGACCUGCCCCAGCACAAGGUCACCUCCUUCAGUGUCUAUGACAAGCGUGGCCACCUGUGUCCGUUCGACUCCGGCCUCAUCGAGCGCAACAUCGAGCUUUACUUCAGCGGCGUCGUCAAACCCAUCUACGACGACAACCCCAGCCUGGACG